CUCCCUUCUUCUGUAGAUGCCUCAGAUUGCUUGGAUACGUGACAGAUCCAAGUUCUACUGAAGAACAGCAGCAGGUCAAACAUGUGGCUGUUUCUGAUAGUGGUAUGCUUAACCCAACAAGCUACCAGGACACAAGAAUUCAGAACCAAGAGACAUCUGAAUCCUCAAGAGUUUAUGACUGUUAGUGAAGUCAUCCAAUAUUGGAGGUACCCCAGUGAAGAAUAUGAAGUGCUGACCAAGGAUGGUUAUUACUUGAAAAUAAACAGAAUUCCUCAUGGAAUUCACAGCCUUGAAAAGAAAGGACCUAGGCCUCCUGUGUUAUUGGUACAUGGUAUGCCAGGUGAGGGCAGGAUGUGGAUUGCAAAUCUUCCCAACAAUAGCCUAGGAUUUUUUCUAGCAGAUGCUGGAUAUGAUGUCUGGAUACUAAAUGCCAGAGGAUCAUCCUGGUCUAGAAGACACCAAAACCUUUCAAUUUACCAGGAAGAAUUUUGGGAUUUCAGUUUUCAUGAAAUGGGAGUUUUUGAUGUUCCAGCAACAAUAAACUUUAUCCUACAGAAAACUGAGCAAGAAGGAUUAUAUUAUAUUGGCCUUUCCCUAGGUGCUACAAUAGGAAUUAUUGCCUUUUCUACCAUGCCAGAGCUUGGUCAAAAAGUCAAGCUCCUCAUUGCGUUCAGUCCCGCCUACACUAUUGUGAAUGGUGGGGGGCCUUUUUAUCUGCUCUUGAGAAUACCUGAUUUGUUAAGAAGAAUUAUAUGGGGCAACAAAGAAUACUGUCUUUUAAAUAACCAGAUGAAAGCCAUUGCUGCUAAGCUGUGUAGCUAUGCAGUAAUAGAUAGGCUUUGUCUCCAAUUUUUUUUCCUUUGUUUUGGAUUUAAUGAGAAAAAUAUGAAUGCGAGUCGAGCAGAUGUGUAUAUUGGAAUCUUCCCUGAUUUUACUUCUGUAAAAACAGUGUCUCAUUUGGGGCAGAUAGCUAAGUCAAAUGAAUUUCGGUAUUUUGACUAUGGACAUGAGAACAAAGCUAUAUACAACAUGACUACUCCUCCAUUUUAUAAAAUAGAAGACAUGGUUGUGCCAACUGCUGUAUGGACUGCUGGAAAAGACAUUAUUGUAACCACAACAGAUACAGAACUGUUGCUUCCUCGAAUCAGAAACUUAGUUUUCUAUAAGAAUAUUCCUGACUGGCAACAUGUGGACAGUAUCUGGGGCAUUGAUGCUGCAAUGCGCCUAUACCCAGAUAUGCUUGAUUUGAUGCAGAAAUACAAUUAA